UUGAAAUGCAACGUGUGUCCAGCUUCCAGCGUCAGAUAAGAGGGUCCAAAGGAAAAUCCCUCCGCGGAACCAAUACCAAACCAACAAUUCCUAUGGCGGCGCUGCCUCUUCUCCGGUGGGGCGCCUCCUCCCUCCACGCCCACUUCUCCCCUACCCCGCCGCGACGCCUCUUCUCCGCUCUCCGACAGCCCCCUGCCGCCGGCCGCUACGAGCCAGGCUCCAGGGUCAUGCUUAAGGGGAUGGACUACCCAGAGCUCGAGAAAUGGGAGCAGUCGCAAGGAUUCCGACCGGGACAGGCCAUGAUGCUGUGGAAAUGCCUCUACGGGAACAACGUCUGGGCGCAUUGCCACAACGAGCUGGCUGGCUUGAACAAGGACUUGAGGAAAAUGAUAAGUGAUCAUGCUGAUCUGAAGGCAUUAACUAUUAAAGACAUUAUUACUGCAUCAGAUGGAACCCGAAAGAUACUGUUCUCUCUUGAAGAUGCCUCAGUGAUUGAAACAGUUGUCAUUCCUAGCGCCAGGGGCCGGACAACGGUCUGUGUUUCAAGUCAAGUGGGCUGUGCCAUGAAUUGUCAGUUUUGCUUCACUGGGAGGAUGGGUUUGAGGAAGCAUUUGUCUACAGCUGAGAUAGUUGAGCAGGCUGUGUUUGCUCGUAAGCUAUUUUCAGAUGAAUUUGAUACUAUUACAAAUGUUGUAUUUAUGGGCAUGGGCGAGCCGUUGCACAAUGUAGAUAACGUAAUAAAAGCAUCAUCUAUAAUGGUUGAUGAGCAGGGUCUUCAGUUUAGUCCUCGCAAGGUUACUGUAUCCACAAGUGGUCUCGUUCCAGAGAUAAAACGCUUCCUCAACGAAUCCAAUUGUGAUCUGGCCGUGAGUCUUAAUGCAACAACUGAUGAGGUUAGGGAUUGGAUAAUGCCCAUUAACAGAAGGUACAAUCUUAGCAUGCUUCUUGGCACUUUAAGGGAGGAACUUCGUUUGAGACCUAAGUCCAUAGUGCUAUUUGAAUACGUCAUGCUUUCUGGGGUGAAUGACAGCUUGCAGCGUGGAUGAUGCAAAGAGGCUUACGGAGCUGGUUCACGGUAUUCCCUGCAAGAUCAACCUCAUCUCUUUCAAUCCCCAUAGUGGGUCGCAAUUCAAGCCGACGCCCGAUGAGAACAUUAUCGAGUUCCGGAACAUGUUAAUCCAAUCUGGUCUUACUGUAAUGGUGCGGCUAAGCAGAGGCGAUGACCAGAUGGCUGCCUGCGGGCAGCUAGGAGAGCCUGGUGACUAUCAGCUACCGCUGCUCCGUGUACCUGAGAAAUUUCAGGUCGCCUUAUGAUGCCAAGUACAUAGUACGUACUUGUACAGUAGUAAAACAGGUGGCCGGGAACAACCUGACAAAGACAAGGCAGUAAUAUGCGUGUAAUGAGGAUAAAACCACGGUCAAUCAUCUUGCUGAGCCAGCCUUACGACCGUCGAGCAUUUUCUGAAUUUUGAUGGCAAGUGCUGAACAGUUGAUCUGUGGUGAUUGUAACCCAUGUUCUGAUUAAUAUACAUCUCUCGUUUUGUUGCAGAAA